AUGGUCAAAAUUAAAGUUGGGGGACAACAGAUGAUUUUUAUGGUUGACACAGGGGCAGAACACUCUGUGAUCAUCCUCCCUGUAACUCCCUUCAGUAAAAAGACUGCAACUAUUCUCGGAGCCACUGGGACACAGCAGUCCAGCAGCACUUUCGCCAAGCCUGCCAGUGUGAACUCGGAAGCCACAAAGCCUGACAUAAGGAAAAACGGCACUAAGGCUGAAGAAGAAAAAGGUCAUUAUCUCCUUAGCCCAGCUCCAGAUGAAGAAAGGCAUACGAAAGUUCCUGGGGGCCACCAGGUUCUGCAAAAUCUGGAUUCCCGGAUUCUCUGCAAUGGCAAAACCCCUCUACAGCCUCCUGGGGGGGGCCAUACCGAGAACCCCCUGUCUAGACAAAAGAGCUUCGGCACUGAUGGGUUGAUAAAGAAGUAUGUGCUCUCAAACUGUCUUUUCCUAGAGCUGAGAGGAACUUCCGCGGAUUACUGGACAGUCCAGAGUGUCAGAGCAGUGACCUGGGAGCUGAGGCUGGAGCUCCUAGUACCUGCUGUACCCCUGAUCAGCCCUGGGGUUCCAUGGAAGACAGACAUCCUCUUUUGGGGCCUCAUUUCCUUAUCUGCAAAGCAAGGGGCUUCAGUGAUACUCUUUCCGGCUGGAGAUUUUCUCAGUGAUUCUCGGGAAAGAUUUCCUGUGGUUGAUGGAUAUGUUCAUGUUGUGGAUUGUGAGGCUAACAGGAGUGGAAAACAAGAGGAAACUGUCCAGGUUUUGCUUUUGAGGUCAUUUCUGUGCUUAUUAUUAUUUAGAGACCAAGUUCUUGAGAUCAUACCAAGGAAUGAAGAACAAAUACAAAAUCUGGUGGACUUGGAGGCUGAAGAACAUCUUCAGCUUGAUUUCUGGAAAUCAUACACCAUCCCAGGGGAAACAGUCCAUGUACGAGUUCCCUUUGUCAAUGUUCAGGCAGUCAAAGUUUUCUUGGAGUCCCUGGGAAUUGCUUAUUCCAUCAUGAUUGAAGAUGUUCAGGUUCUGUUGGACAAAGAGAAGGAAGAAAUGUUAUUUAAUCAGAGAAGAGAACGGAAUGGCAACUUCAACUUUGAGGCUUAUCACACCUUGCAAGAGAUCGCCCAAGAAAUGGAUAACCUCGUUGCUCAACACCCUGGGCUAGUGAGCAAAGUGAAUAUUGGCCAUUCUUUCGAAAACCGGCCCAUGGACGUGCUCAAGUUCAGCACCGGUGGAGACAAGCCGGCCAUCUGGCUGGACGCUGGGAUUCAUGCUCGCGAGUGGGUUACACAAGCUGCUGCACUGUGGACAGCAAAUAAGAUUGCCUCUGAUUAUGGAAAUGAUCCAUCCAUCACUUCCAUUUUGGACACCAUGGAUAUCUUCCUGCUGCCUGUCACAAAUCCCGAUGGAUAUGUGUUUUCUCAAACCCAAAAUCGUAUGUGGCGGAAGACCCGGUCUAAGGUCUCUGGAAGUCUCUGUGUUGGUGUUGAUCCUAACCGGAACUGGGACGCAGGUUUUGGAGGACCUGGAGCCAGCAACAGCCCUUGCUCUGAGUCAUACCAUGGACCCCGUGCCAACUCUGAAGUGGAAGUGAAAUCCAUAGUGGACUUCAUCCAGAGUCACGGAAAAAUCAAGGCCUUCAUUACCCUCCACAGCUAUUCCCAGCUGCUGAUGUUCCCCUACGGGUAUACAUGUGCCAAAUCAGACAAUUUUGAUGAGCUGAAUGCAGUGGCCCAAAAGGCUGCCCAAUCUCUGACAGGUCUGCAUGGCACCAAGUACAAAGUGGGACCUAUUUGCUCAGUUAUCUACCAAGCCAGUGGUGGAAGCAUCGACUGGGCCUAUGACUCUGGCAUCAAAUACUCCUUUGCCUUUGAACUGAGAGACACAGGUCGAUACGGCUUCCUCCUGCCAGCCAGUCAGAUCUUGCCCACAGCCGAAGAGACCUGGCUUGGCUUGAAGACAAUCAUGGAGCAUGUGCAAGACCACCCCUAUUAGGACUUGGGUGGUGAAAACUCCAUUAAAAGCUCUUUGAUUUGAAGCA